CUUGAUGGCUUUAAAAAGAAUGGGAAUUGUCAAAGACUAUGAGAAAAUCCGUACCUUUACAGUUGCAGUAGUAGGUGUAGGUGGAGUUGGCAGUGUGACUGCUGAAAUGUUGACAAGGUGUGGCAUUGGUAAGCUGCUUCUGUUUGAUUAUGACAAAGUGGAAUUGGCAAACAUGAACAGACUCUUCUUCCAACCUCAUCAAGCUGGAUUAAGUAAAGUGCAAGCAGCAGAGCAUACUUUGAGGAAUAUUAAUCCUGAUGUUCAAUUUGAAGUACACAACUACAACAUCACAACAAUGGACAACUUUGAACACUUCAUGGAUAGAAUAAGUAACGGUGCACUAGAGGAGGGGGAGCCUGUCGAUCUUGUUCUAAGCUGCGUGGACAACUUUGAAGCUCGCAUGGCAAUUAACACGGCCUGCAAUGAACUUGGACAAAUCUGGAUGGAAUCUGGAGUGAGUGAAAAUGCAGUGUCGGGACAUAUACAGCUAAUCAUACCUGGUGAAUCUGCUUGUUUUGCGUGUGCUCCUCCACUUGUAGUUGCUGCAAAUAUUGAUGAGAAAACAUUAAAACGAGAAGGAGUUUGUGCAGCUAGUCUUCCUACAACUAUGGGUGUCGUGGCAGGAAUUCUUGUACAAAAUGUUCUAAAAUACCUGUUAAAUUUUGGUACUGUGAGUUAUUAUCUUGGUUACAAUGCAAUGCAGGAUUUCUUUCCAACUGUGUCUAUGAAGCCAAACCCACAAUGUAGUGACAAAAAUUGCAGAAAACAGCAGGAAAAUUAUAAGAAAAAAGAAGCUGCACAACCAAAACUAGAAGUAAUUGAACAGGAAGAAGAGAUAAUACAUGAAGACAAUGACUGGGGCAUCGAAUUGGUAUCAGAAAUUUCAGAAGACGAGCUGAAGGCUGCAUCUGGCCCAGUACCUGAGCUUCCUGAGGGAAUUACUGUAGCAUAUACUAUCCCAAACAAGGAAGAGAAUUUGAUAACUGAGGAAACCAUAGCAGAGUCUGAAGAAAGCCUAGAAGAACUCAUGGCCAAAAUGAGAAACAUGUAGCAAAACAAAUAUUAAG